CAAUUAUUUAUCCAGUCCUGCCUUGCCAAGGUGGCCCAUUGUCGCGACUAUAAGAGCCGAGGUCGUGACAGAGCAUAGCCUUACUUUAACCCAACUAUUGCAGUCCCCCCCCCUCUUGAUAAUAAAUAUAACGUCUAUAAUUUAAUACAUAAAGGCUGGUACUUGUAGGUACAAGCCACGCAUUUCUCGAGGCUACACAAGCUAGGUUGGAGGCUUUACGGGCCGUCCCAAAACAUAUGUAACUUCUGCUCCAGUCACCUCCAUCUUGACCAAGGGUUUUCAUGAUACCGACUCCUCCAGAAAUGGCGCACAGGCUACCAUCUCAGCAAGACUUGUCCGCGUCUCGUCGUGCCCAAGUCGAAAAAGGAUGGGGAGACACUUGGCCAGGGGACCGCGUGCCAACCUCCACCGAUGCUGAAAUCGCAUACCAGCCACUUGAUCCGGGCCAGGUUUCUGUCUUCAGACAGGCUAUGCUCGCUGAUAGACAAGCGAGGGAAAAGAAACGAUUUCCCAGCCUUGACAAUGCAGAUACCCUGUUUUCCAUGCCCAAUUCUUCACAAGCACUUGCUUGGCCCACGUCCUUCUUCCUUGCCUCAUUGAAGCCGGAGUUUAGCAUUGGCAUUGAUGAGCUGAUACAGGAGACGCAUCAGAACCUGUUGUGCACCACCAUAUUCCUGAGAGAUGUUCCCCCAAUUGGGUUCCUCCGGGUUCCUCGACCAGAGUAUCUGACACUGGCGUUGGCUGCCGUGGGCGCCUCCAUGACGCCACAGAAGGAAGAACAGGCAUUGCAGCUCUGGCACACUUCGGCGAGUCAAUUACUGGGCAAUUUGGAGGUCGACAAUGGGGUCGCCCGCAAAACUGAUCUCGUCAAGGCGUGGACUCUCCUAGAGACCUUUGCCUUUCUGUCUUCUGAUCGCAUCGUGCGAAGACGCGCCCGCAUGAUUCAUGGAUGCGUCAAAACAGCAGUUUGGAGGAUUUUUCGCGAAGCAUCCUGCCUUGACGGGGUUGGGAACGAUGAGUCUGCGCAAUCACAAAUAACAAAUCACGGUCGAUCGUUGAUAUCGUACUUCGUAAUACUGGAUCUUCUUCGAGCUAUUCAGUAUGGCCAGUCCACUUCAUUUCCUACAGCCUUGUUUCUCCGCCAUCGUCACCGCCGUUGCUCUGAUAGCGCAACCACUGCGGACAGCUCAGUGCUGCAAAUUCGAAGCGAAAGCUCCGGAGAUGCCUGGAUUUCCAUCUUCACCAUGCUUGCCGAUGUCCACUCAGUAACGCACACCUUUGGCCCUUUAACUACUCAAGAUUUUCGGAUACAUGACACGGUAUAUCUUGCAGACAAUACGGUCCAAAUGCCGUUCUCUCCAGCACACGAAAUCUCUCAGCUUAGACAGAAGCUUUCCGCAAGCCUUUUGACAUGGAAGAGCAAUCAUUUGGACUCGGCAGCAGACGAACUUUUGCUCAUGUAUUACUUUUGUCUUCUUUAUAACACGGUGCCAUCGCUGCAACCCCUCUGUGCAUUAGCAGGCUGCACGCACGCCUCAUCCAACACAUUCAAGAUGCAGAGAGACAGGGCCAACGCUUCGGAGGGCUUGCAUUUCUACCGUGCUGCUAUACCUACUGUCUGGCUGAUUUUGGAAACAAGUGAACGAAUACAGCCUGACGAUCUGCCGAUAUGGGCCGCACUGACAGUAUUCUCUGCUGCGCUAGUUCUUUGGGCUCGCAAGGAAUUUGCAAAGAAUGGGGAUGUAGAUUCGUGGUCUUCGAGGUCUUUACUUCCUUUUCAGCAAGAGCUUGCACGAAUGAAGUUUUCAGGUGCUCGAGACAUGGCGGCGAUGCUGUCCCGUUUAAACUGAUGCAAUCUAUCUGGAUCCAAUGGCUUGGAAAGGCGGCGGCAGUACGUGCGAAGAAUGGCAGCUGCUUUUGUUGGCUGUAGCCGGGCGAAAUAUCUUUUUUGGAAUAACGAAAAUCUUCCUGUCAUGACCUUGUACUAACAUCUUGAAAUGACAUUCUAACCAUUUUACACUCAUUCUAGAGCAUGUCUGCUAUCAUUUUUUAAUAGUAUUUUAUAAUAGAAGCUGCAAUAUAAAUGCAAAAUGUCGG